GUUUGGGGGCAGGUCUGCAGAAAGAGAAGAGGAACUGGGAAGGGAUGUGAAACUUGGCCACAGCCGAGCCACCCUGCCCGGUAGCCCACAGGGGUCUCUGGGCAGAGGGCAGGAACGUCCAGUUGGAGCCGAUAGCCGGAGGCAGUGACAUCAUGGAGGCCCCUUGGGGAUGGCUGGUGGCCUGUGUGCUGGUCAUAUCCCUGGCCUCUUCGGCGACCCAGGACGUGUGCCGAGCACCUAACGGGAAGGACGGGAUCCCAGGAAAACCCGGCAGACCUGGGAACCCGGGCCUCAAGGGGGAGCGAGGAGAGCCAGGCGCCCCUGGCAUCCGGACCGGCAUCCGAGGCCCGAAGGGAGACCAGGGAGAGCCUGGGCUCCCUGGCAUCCCUGGCAAGGUGGGCUAUCCAGGGCCCAGCGGCCCUCUGGGAGAACGCGGCCGUCCGGGAGUGAAGGGCAUCAAGGGCAACCCCGGCAACAUCAAGGACCAGCCCCGGCCGGCCUUCUCGGCCAUCAGGAAGAACCCCCCAACGGGCGGCAACGUGGUCAUCUUCGACACGGUCAUCACCAACCAGGAGGGCCCGUACCAGAACCACUCGGGCCGCUUCCUCUGCCACGUGCCCGGCUACUACUACUUCACCUUCCAGGUGGUGUCCAAGGGCGACCUGUGCCUGACCAUCACGUCCUCCUCCAGGGGCCAGGUGCGGCGCACCAUGGGCUUCUGCGACACCAACAGCAAGCGGCUCUUCCAGGUGGUGUCGGGGGGCACAGUGCUCCAGCUGCAGCAUGGAGACCAGGUCUGGAUCGAGAAAGACCCCGUGAAGGGCCACAUCUACCAGGGCCCCGAGGCCGACAGGGUGUUCAGUGGCUUCCUCAUCUUCCCAUCCAUCUGAGCCGGGCAGGCCCCCUCCCCAGCCUGGCCUGAUUUCCUGCUGGGUAACCCUGGAGCGCUCCCUCCACCUCUCUGACGUCUAGGCUCCGGUCUGCAGAAUGGGGGUGCUGUAGCUUUAGCAGCCUGAAGGGAGGGGGCCGACUCUGAAAGCCUCCCUGGACUUGCUGCCCUCCACACACUCCAAAAAGACCUUUCCUUGGAACUCUCCCCGGAAUAAAUAGCUGAGUUGUCUGCUGGGCUGGAGGUCCCGUUGCUACUCCGGGCACUGGGAGGGAGGCAAAAGGAUGGUAAUAAUCAUUGCGUGCUUGAGA